ACAUUGAAUUUGGCCUCUGAGCUCUUGCAACGUCAUUCGUCAUCGUACUUGUUGAUUUCCAUUUCGUUAUAAUUCUGAUUCUGUUGGCGAAACGACUAAUGAACGAUGGUUUCGCUUUCACUUGUAGUUUUCAUCAUCUUUUCUUCUCUCUAUCAUGUCGACUCAGCCCCAACCAAAGAAAAACGUUCGUUAUUGCAACUCAACACUGCAAUUAGCUGCUACACUGGUAAGAGUGGAUUUGACUUCAAUGGCUACGGGUGUUGGUGUGGACUGGGAGGCAGCGGAAACCCGGUAGAUAACGUCGACAGGUGUUGUAUGGCGCAUGAUAACUGCUACCAGGCUCUAGAAGACGAAGGAUGUGGACUUUAUUUCACAUCCUAUGAGUAUUCCGAGCAAAACUGUGGAUCGAGAAAUGGAUCAAUUACUUGUGGCGGAUCACCAGCUGACCCCGAGACAGAAUGCAGCUUCAAACUGUGUGAAUGCGAUCGUCGCAUUGCGUCGUGCCUUCGCCAACACACGUAUCACGAUGUAUUUGCCGACUUUCCGAAGAGCUUCUGCGAUCCUCGUCUCGCUCACACUGGCACUGUGAUCGUCGAUGAGAGCCCCAAUUCGCCCGACGUCGUACCGAUUGGGGGAGAUGAGAGAGGCGCCUAUCAGCAGGUCCCUGCCGGCAUACUCGGACAAAUUCCCCCCAGAAACUAAUCUACUUUUCUUGUUUCGAGGGGCACCAGGGUUUUAUUAAACAGGGAGGGGAUGAAAGGACCUAUAACGUCCCUGCCCCCCUCUCUCUCUCAUUGAAACAUUGGGUAUUUUCAGGGGCCGUGCAUGGAAUGUGCGUGUGUGGGUGGGUGGGCUCGGGCUUGACUCCACACACAAUUUCCUUUUUUUAAUAAAGGUGUACAAAAAUUACAAAAUUUCCACAUGAUUGUUAUUUCUGGCAUGGUCAGCCCCCACCCCCCCCCCCACACACACACACUUUCAAAACCGUUGAUAGUGUAAACAUUAUAUGAAAAUAUGCCCAUUUUUUUGUGAUACUAUAUGUUUUUUUUUUCAUGUAUUUUGAACGCCAAAAUGAAUUCAAACGUAAAAAUAACAAACUUUGAAAUCGCUAUUAUUGGUGAUUGUGUAUUAUUUCGGAACAUAACUGGACGAUAUUUCAUAUUACGAUCGAGUCUAUACCUGGAUUUGAUUUACAAACCUGUCAUAAAAGCUAUCAACGUGUGACUUUUAUCUAUCAUGUCUAUUGGGCGAAGAGGUCUCCUAUAUACACGAAAGUCACAAACCUGUCACCUAUAUAAAUGACUUAAAUGACUUAUAUUCAGGGACGGUGCCGCGAAGGAGGGGGGGGGGGGGGGGAUAGCCAUGACAGUAACUUUUCUUAACGAUAUUUCAGGUGAUGAAGAGAUAGAAGAAAACGGGGGAGAUAAAGCGUCAAAGGGAGAAAUAUAAAGAAAGAAGUGUCUAAAAAGAAGAGUUUCGGGUUUGUGUAACUCUAUGAUAGUCUUCUGAUAAAUUAUUGAG